AUGCUCUAUGGGACGUUCUAUAGGACGCUCUAUGGGACGCUCUAUGGGACGUUCUAUAGGACGCUCUAUAGGAUGCUCUAUGGGACGUUCUAUAGGACGCUCUAUAGGAUGCUCUAUGGGACGUUCUAUAGGACGCUCUAUAGGAUGCUCUAUGGGACGCUCUAUGGGACGCUCUAUGGGACGCUCCAUAGGACGCUCUAUGGGACGCUUUAUGGGAUGCUCCAUAGGACGCUCUAUGGGACGUUUUAUGGGACGCUCUAUAGGAUGUUUUAUGGGAUGCUCUAUAGGACGCUCUAUGGGACGCUCUAUAGGAUGCUCUAUGGGACGCUUUAUGGGACGCUUUAUGGGAUGCUCUAUAGGACGCUCUAUGGGACUCUUUAUGGGACGCUUUAUAGGACGCUCUAUGGGACGCUUUAUGGGACACUUUAUAGGACGCUCUAUGGGACGCUCUAUAGGACGCUCUAUAGGACGCUCUAUGGGACGCUCUAG